CGGGGGCAGAGGGAGGGCCCGGCCCGGGGAGGGGAAGGGGCCGGUCCUCCCCGCGCAGGCGGCGGCCGCGGCAGCCCAGGAGGCGGAGGCAGCGGCGGCGGCGGAGCAGCACCGUGCCCGGCGCAGUCAGCCCGGCCGCGUCGGACCCGCGCCCGCCCGCGCCGGGGCGCCCUCUCCACUGCGCGCGGUACAAGGAAAUGCUAGAACUGGUGAUCUCACCCAGCCUCACUGUAAACGGCGAUUGUCCGGGUAAACUGAAGCUGAGCCGCACCGACGCCGAUGUCUGGACUCUGAGUGACAUAGAAGGCAUCACCGCAUCGGCCCCUCCGAGCGUGUCUCCGCUCUUCGCAAGGUCUUGUCCACGUGUCCUGCACAGCCAGCCUCCCACGGCCAUGGCAGCCUACGGCCAGACACAGUACAGUGCAGGGGUCCAGCCAGCUGCCCCUUAUACCACUUGCCCACCUCCGGCACAAGCCUAUGGAAUCCCUUCUUACAGUAUCAAGACAGAAGACAGCUUGAACCAUUCCCCCAGCCAGAGUGGAUUCCUCAGCUACGGCUCCAGCUUCAGCACCCCACCCACUGGACAGAGCCCGUACACCUACCAGAUGCACGGCACAGCAGGGAUCUAUCAAGGAGCAAACGGGCUGACCAACGCGGCUGGAUUCGGAAGUGUGCACCAGGACUAUCCUUCCUACCCUGGCUUCCCUCAGGGCCAGUAUUCCCAGUAUUACAGCUCGUCCUACAGCCCUCCUUAUGUCCCGGCCAGCAGCAUCGGCCCUUCCCCACUCUCCACGUCUACCUACGUCCUCCAGGAGGCACCGCACAGCGCCCCCAGCCAGAGUUCCGAGUUGCUUGGCGGCGAAUACAACACACACAACGGACCUUCCACGCCGGCAAAGGAGGGAGACGCGGACAGGCCGCACCGGGCCUCCGACGGGAAGCUCCGAGGCCGGUCGAAGCGGAGCAGCGACCCCUCCCCAGCGGGGGACAGUGAGAUCGAGCGUGUGUUCGUGUGGGAUUUGGAUGAAACGAUAAUUAUUUUUCACUCCUUACUCACCGGGACUUUUGCAUCCAGAUACGGGAAGGACACCACGACGUCCGUGCGCAUCGGCCUGAUGAUGGAAGAAAUGAUCUUCAACCUUGCAGAUACCCAUCUGUUCUUCAACGACCUGGAGGAUUGCGACCAGAUCCACGUUGACGACGUCUCAUCCGAUGACAACGGGCAAGAUUUAAGCACGUACAACUUCUCCGCCGACGGCUUCCACAGCUCGGCCCCCGGAGCCAACCUGUGCCUGGGCUCCGGCGUCCAUGGCGGCGUGGACUGGAUGAGGAAGCUGGCCUUCCGCUACCGGCGGGUGAAGGAGAUGUACAACACGUACAAGAACAACGUCGGUGGCUUGAUAGGAGCUCCCAAAAGAGAGACUUGGCUACAGCUCAGAGCCGAGCUGGAGGCUCUGACCGACCUCUGGCUGACCCACUCUCUAAAGGCGCUCAACCUCAUCAAUUCCCGGCCCAACUGUGUCAACGUGCUGGUCACCACCACUCAACUGAUUCCUGCCCUGGCCAAAGUCCUGCUGUAUGGACUGGGCUCCGUGUUUCCUAUUGAGAACAUCUACAGUGCAACCAAGACAGGGAAGGAGAGCUGUUUCGAGAGGAUAAUGCAGAGAUUCGGCAGAAAAGCCGUCUACAUCGUGAUCGGUGACGGCGUCGAAGAGGAGCAGGGGGCAAAAAAGCACAACAUGCCCUUCUGGCGGAUAUCCUGCCACGCCGACCUGGAGGCGCUGCGGCACGCCCUGGAGCUGGAGUAUCUAUAGCAGGACCCCCGGCCUCGCCACCUGCCACCCCGGGUGCCUCCCACCCACCCGGGGCCCUCGCCUCCCCCCGCCUCCGCGCCAGAUGCGGGACCCCGGGCACGGGCCCCGCGGCCGAGGGGACGUGCCUGGCGACCAUCUCAGAAGCCGUCCUUGCAGUCCACGUGGGUCCUGAGACGCAGAGUGCCCGGCAGGGGCUUUGGCAUAUUUAACUUUGGAGGAAAGGGCCGGCUGGGAGUCCGGGCUUUUCCACAAGACUCAACGGAACAAAAGCGACUUAUUGCUGAUUUGGGGGAGGGCUGGCGGUGAGGAGGGGGACGGGCUUGGGUUUUACUUUUCCUUUUUAAUUUAUGGACUGAU